AUGAUGUAUCACCCACUGGAAAGCUUUACUGCGAUGACUCAAGAAACUCAAGAAUUGACUCUGCAUUCCGGUGAUAAUCAAAUCCGUUCAUCCCCACCACCAUCAUCAUCAUCAUCAUCAUCAUCAUCUUCUUCUUCUUCUUCUUCUUCAUUUUCAAAUUGGCUGACAACCGAUUUGGAGUUGCUCAAACAACAGUUGAUACUGCUGACUCUAAGCAUGUCUGAUAUUGUGAAUAAUUUCAAACAGUAUCAUUGGCGAGAUGUAAUAAAGCAAGCAAUCAGUAUAUCGAAUGAUGUAAUUGAUAAUAAGGAUGCAAGUCUAGUUGCUAAAGAAAAGAUAUAUGUUUAUCAACUAUUUUAUAACUCCAAAGAGCAAUUUCGAGAUAAUGACCUUGCAGAGAAAACUCAAAAAGAUUUAUCGAUGAUCACCGACAUCUUCAAACGCUUGAAUUGGAAUAACAAGGAUAUUGAGAAGGUAAUCUCAAUACUGCAUCAGGACCUAACAAAGACAGGGCUUACCAAACAAUUCCCUCAAAUGGACUCUAACGACUUAAUUAGAGAUUUAAAGCUUUCUACAAAAAAUUAUGCAUAUCCGAUGUCAAUUAAAGAGCUUGAAUUAAUCAAGCAUAGGCAAGAAAACGUAUAUGAAGAGUGCUUUCUUCGUUCAAGAGCAUCGAUAGAGGAAUUACUUAGCCAUUCGCACUCCUCUUUUAAUGGAGAUCAUUCGUCGCGAGAAGAAAUUUUGAAGAACUUUUCUAGGAGAGCAAGUCCUGAAUUCUAUGAUAAUAGUGAUAAAAGUGCAUUUAAUGAAUUCAUGCAAAAAAAUAAAACGGAAUUUGCACUUCUCAAGUCUUGCGUGCAAAGCGACUUGACGCUUAAAACGCUUACAGAGUAUUUCCCGCAGUACAAUAUUCUGGAAAUUGCCGAUUAUAUAAAAGACAAUAAUUUGAAUACUAAUGAAAAUGAACUAACAGGCGGCGAAAAGAAAACAAUGAGAGAGUUUAUCACUUUGGGAAAACAGUAUGAGGAAAUUUUGCACGAGUUCCCAUUGCGUUCUGAGUCCUGCAUUGCAAAUUGGUACAAAAGACUUUCGUAUGCUUGUAGUAGGCAAGUAACUUUCAAAAACAAAACCGAAAAGCUCAUAUACGAGUCUGGAAUGGCAUUAACUACAUCAAGGCGCGCUUCAAGGCGAAGCAAGGCAGUUGAUUUUGACGAAUUGCAGAGAUUGGCAGAAUCGGCUCAGAAUAUUAAAGUUGCAAAAAAAGUUUUGACAGAAGAAGAGAAACAAGCUCGAGCUGAAAGGAAGCUUGAACGAGAGCAAGAAAAAGAACGGAAACGUCUUGAGAGACUCGAGCAAAGAGCAAAGAAUCCUCCCAAACCUAAACCAUCUGAGCAUAAAACUGAUCAGCGAGUUUCUAAAAUGGCGUUGGAAAAACUAAUCGAGGCAACAAAACACUUUCAAUCAGUAACCGGUGAUAGACAAAUAUUGAAGGAAGGGGUAAAGCGUAAAAUUAUUCCUGCAACAUUCUAUACACCUGAAACUAAAGUUGUCAAAAAGACUAGAAAUAGACAAGAAAAGAAGAAUGAAUUGCGUAAGAAGUUGAAAGAAGAAAGAGAAAAGAAGAAAAAAAAUUUAAAAUCAAAAUCAAAAUCAAAAUCAAAAUCGAAACAACAGAAAACAACAAAACGGACAUAUAAAAGGCGUAAGUUGACCUCGCUUGCGAAAGUUCCUGGAGUGACUGAAUAUGAAGACUCUGAUUUACAUUCAAAACUAACGCUGGGAAUGAAUAUUGGAAUGGAAUCAGAAGAGGAGGAAGGAGAGAAAGAAGAGGAAGAAGAAGAUGAAGAAGAAGAAGAGGUGGAGGAAGAGGAGGAAACAUCUGAGCACAUAUCGCCUUUUGAUCCACCAGACAUAAAUUCUGAUACUUUAGUUGAUCUUCACGGUCGAAAGUUUUUUGUCAAAGAAUUUUAUUCGGAUUUCCCACGAGUUCCCGAGCUAAAUUUCCAGGAUCAAGAUGAAAAAGAGGUGGAUAAUAAAGAGAAAGAUCCAAAGGACUCAAUGACUCGGGAUGAUGACACAAUACCAUAUAUAGAUGAAUUAGGUGCACAUGUAAUUGGAAGCCACGAAAAAUGUUAUCGGGAUAUGCCAAUUUCGUUUCCGCAAUAUUCAAAUAAAAAUGGAAAUCCCAAUCACUCACAUGCAGUAAAAGUGAGGUUUUUGUUAUAUCCAGAGCACUACGAACUGUACAUCCUUGCCGAGCCAAAGGAUAACGAGUUGGACCCGGUGCACGAAAUCAUGAAAAUUUUUCUUUUGCAUUAUGCUUUGUAUUUUUCACAUUCAGAGAAUAUUAAGGAAAUCAUCACAGGUUAUUGCCAGAAGCUUGAGCGAGCUGUUGAAGAAAAUGAUUUUGCAGAAUUUAUGUUCGUUGUGGACAAGUGGAACUUGUUAAUGCUAUAUCUUUCUCCCAACACUGCAUCGGUUGAAAAGGUGUUGAAUAGAAACGUCGACAUAAAUGCAAAUGCAAAAGAAUGCCUCAAUAUAAGUGAAAUAAAAAAUCCUCAAUUAGAUGAUUUGGAUUUAGAGACAUUUUAUGGAGAAAUCUGCUUUGAAAUUACUAGCCCUUUUUACCAACCAGUUGAAAUCAUAAAGGAAGGUUUAGAAAUCAAGUACAAAAAGGAAACCGGUGAUGAAAAUGAGAACAAGAAGAACCUUGACAACAAUCAAAACGAGACAAAGGAGAUUAUUAUUGACGAUGCAGCUGAUAUAUCAAUAAAUAAUGUUGAGCCACCGCUAAACAUUUCAGAGGCUACUAGUCGCCAUAGACCCAGAAAUUAUAUUCUGGAUUUCUUUACUAGACUACAAUUAAAAUCCAGUAUUUCUCGAUAUGCAGUUCAUCAAAUUUUAUGCAGGGUAUAUGCUCGGGUUGUAUCGACGGAUUCACGAAAGCUUCGAUCCUACAAAGCUUUUACUGCAGAGGUAUACGGGGAACUACUUCCUUCGUUCACGAGUGAAGUUUUGGAGAAAGUUGGGCUCAAGCCUGGACAGAAAUUUUAUGAUUUAGGUUCGGGAGUGGGAAAUACCACAUUUCAAGCGGCGUUAGAGUUUGGCGCAAUAAGCGGUGGAUGUGAGUUGAUGAAACAUGCAUCAAAGCUCACUAAGCUUCAAGACAACCUUAUAAGAAGACACUUGGCGAUUUUAGGAAUUAGAGAGUUAGAUUUGAAAUUUGCAUUGAGCCAGUCCUUUGUUGCAAACGAGCAAGUUCGACGUGACUGUUUAGAAUGCGACGUGCUCAUAAUCAACAAUUAUUUAUUCGAUGGCGAGCUUAAUGCGUCAGUUGGAAAGUUACUUCUUGGUUUGAAACCUGGUACAAAAAUAAUCAGUCUUCGAAACUUUAUUAGCCCUAGAUACAGGGCUCAGUUUGACACAGUUUUUGACUACCUUAGCGUCGUUAAAGAAGAAAUGAGCGAUCUCAUGUCCGUUAGUUGGACAGCUAAUAAAGUGCCUUAUUAUAUUUCAACCGUUGAAGCAACAAUAAGACCAGAAUAUCUUCGCGGAGAUAAUGGCAUGACUCUUGAAUACUACAAUGAUUGCUCGAAAUCUACAAGCCCUUUGAAUAACAUACGCGAGGAGAGUCCACAUAGCCCAAUGAGAAAUAGUCUAAAUGCGGACGGUGCCCUGACGCCGCCGACGGAGCACAACUCAGACCCUGAAUUUGAGAAACUGUAA